AUGGCCGUCUCAAGGGUGUUCUCACGGAGCCACCUUCUCUGUCGUGCGAGCGCUUUGUGCAUACGCGCCACUCCCCCAGCAAUCCCAUCAAUCACUUCAUCAUUGCCCAGGAGAACCUUUACUUCCAGUAUAUCAGCAUGGGAAGAGAUUGUUCAAACACCUUCAAGAGGCCCAGAGAUCGCUCUCACAGAUAACCGUACCGCUUCAGCGGGUAUCACGGCAAAUUCCAUUAGUUUGCUAAAGAUUUCAAAGCGAUUAUCAAGAGGCGACAUUGAAGAGUUUUUGCGGCAAAAUGGUUUCAACAUAAAGAAAAUGCAAAUGCGAGUAGAUCGCUUCACAUUCCACAAUGACACCAUGUGCUUUGUGGAGCUAGGAAGCCCUGAAGAAGCCCAGAGAGCGGUCAAAAAGCUUAAUCAAGCAAAAUUACAGAACAAAAGCAUCGUAGUCAAGCCUUUGAAAGACGAUUUCUACUGGGGUCAUCAGGAGACCACAAAGCACUCGCCCUACGGAUCUCGCUUCUUCAACGACGAAGGCGAUGCUGCGCAAGAGGCUCUCAGCCCCUUGGCCGAAGGACGCCGGAUGGUUCUUUCAGUGAAGACACCAGGCUGGUCGCCUAAGUCCAGAAUCACCGAAGCCAGACAGAACGCAAUUAAGAUCAUUGAGGAAAACUUUGGCAAAUAUGGUGUUGAGAGAGUCAGCGAUAUGUCAGUGUUCUUUGGCGACAAAAAGGAAAACCCUCGCCUGCUGGGCUGGAUCGACUUCAAAACGAAAGAAGGUGCCGAGCAGGCGGCUGUGGAGAAGCAUAAUACGGAAAUAAAUGGCCGUCUCGUGUGGCUGCAAGCCUCCAACCCCUCCAAGUGGAGAGUACAGCAGUACUCGAAGUCUGCCCCGCAGUUGGUACAAGAGUUGCAGGAGAAAGGUACGGUGUCGAAGGAAAUGUACGAGGACAAGUUUGUCACUCCACUCCCGAAGAACAAAUCCAGCUAG